AUGGACGAAAUAUUAAGUGAUUUGGCUACUGACUAUGCAAAUUACUUAAAAAUUGAUAUGGAAGAUGAAUUGAAAAAUGUUGGUGAAACAGUUGAGGAUAUGCUGACAAGGCUAGAGGAGUUUGGAAGUUUAUUAGAAGGAGUUCACAAUGGAGGUACAAGUAGCUUGUUGCACUUAGGCCCGGAAUUAAAAAUGAGUUGCCAGACGCUUGAUGGGCUGUUCCAAAAGAUUGACAAUUUGGAAAAAAUGGUUGCUAAAGUCAAAAAGGAUGUUAGUACAAUGGAAGCUCAUUUGGAAAGUGCAGAAGCUAAAUGCGGCAUUCCAUCAUCUGAUCUCAGAAGUUUUUUUAAGCCUUUAUUCUUGAAAAAUCAAUUGUCUUCACCAGAAACAAGCUCUCAACCAUUUGAGCAGCCUAACAUCUUCAAGACAUCCGAGUUCUUCCCCAAAGUUGAGGAUCAAGUGGAGCUAAAAUAA